CCGCAUUUGUCACUUCCGUGAAGAGCCAAGUGGCGCUGAGAGAGUCCGCGACAAUCCGUAAUAUCAAGCAUAUGUAUCAAUAUGUACCAUAUUUAUUUUAUCGUUUCCUCAGUGCUGUGCAAUAAUAAGGCGUAAGAAGCAGAGAAAAAGGACGGACAGAAAGAAGGAUAUUAGUGUUCCACGCCCGUAUUUUCCAAGUUAUUUGUUUAUUAAAACUAAGAGAGAGGAAUCGACGGAGGUGAAAGGACCAGAAAGGACCGAAGUAAUUCAGGGUGUCGAGUGUCGAGGUGGAAAUAUGGUCGAGCGACUCGGUUUGGGGCCGGAGGUCCGCGAACUCAAGCUGGGACCCAGCUUCACGAGCAAUAGCACCAAGUUUCACACUUUGAAAUAUGACUUUAAACCCGCGAGCGUCGACGACUCUAAGGAGGCCAGAGUCGACGUUGGCUCGGACAACACUGUAACUGUCACCGUACCACAUCUGGACGGCGCUGGCACUCCUCAUACUGUGUUCAAAGGUUCGCAGAGACCUUACAAUAAGGAGUAUGUUCUCAUUUUAGAUAAAAUUACUGGGGAGAUUACGUUGGAGAAACUAACUGCAAACGUUCAGGUUAAAAAGACACGAGCGGAGCCCAAACGUAAUAGCAAUAGUAACACUUCCAUGCCAGUUGAGGUUAAGAGGAGCCCUACAUAUGGCAGGGCAAAUGGGAGGACCAAGGUUAUUAGUGGGAAAAAGAAAGAACCCUUGCUGCAACUGCAUCCUAAACAGAGCUCGCCACGGAGAUCACCGUACGAUAAAACUAUUUCUCCAAAUAUAUUUACCAAUGGCUCUUCGCCUGUGCAAUCAUCGAGUGGACAACCAACUUUGGCUAGCCUACCGAUGAUUGGAUCUGACAAUGACGAUUUUGGAUUGUCAACAUCAUUGAUGCCUGGGUCUUCCUCCUCGCAGGACUUAGCCUCUCAAUCAAUUCCAAUGUCAAAUACAAAAUCAACCACCUUGGAGAGUGAUUCCAGCUCGAGUAGUUCGAGUUCCGAUAGUUCAAGUAGUGAUUAUGAAACAGAGAAUGUCUCAGUGCCAACAAUUAAUAGUAAUUUGAAUAAUACAAAUGUCUCAUCCACAUUGUUCAUGUCGGACAAUCUCUUAAAUGAUGAUCUACAGUUAUCUGAAUCGGAAUCGGAUUAACAAUGAUAUGAUGAUAGAAUUAAUAAAGUGUUCCAAGGAAGUCGACUGUAUAAUUUUUGUUCUGCGGUAUCUGUUUAUUAAUAUAUCAUUUUUGCGGAUUAUGGAUUAAUUUACACAGAUCCCUUAAAAUUUUUAUACAUAUGUACACGUCGUCAUUGUAUUGCAAUACUGCAGUAAGUGCAAUUCUUUUUUUUUUACAAUUAUAAAAAAGAAAA